AUGGAUAAACACUGCUUGCUAUUCGUUUUCGUCGCUCAAUUGUUCGCCGCGCACACCUACAGAAUACUCGGCGUGUUCCCGUCCCUCGACAGGAACAACCAUCUCACUUAUAAAGGACUGUUUCGUGAAUUGGCUAGCCGUAACCACGAGGUGACGCUUAUAAGCCACUAUCAAACGCCCGACGCGCCAGAUAACUACAAAGAGAUUCCGUUAAGCAAAAACCAAAACGUGAUAAAAGGUUUAUCUUUCGAGUCGGUCAUAGUGAAUGAUGUAUCGCGAGUGCCGUUCGAAGUGUUGGUGUCUACUAAAGCGGGGAACGACGACUGCAAAACUCUAAUGAAUAACAGUGAGGUGUAUCAAAUGAUAAGGGGUCAGCCUCGAUUCGAUGUUAUUGUCGUGGAGUCUUAUAACAGUGACUGUGGUAUCGCUUUAGCGGCAAAUUUGAGUGCACCCUACAUCGCCUUCAAUCCACAACCGCUACAUCCCUGGCAUUUCAAUAGAGUGGGGAUCAAUUUCGAUUCGGGGCAUGUACAGCAGUCGCUGUUGCAAUACGGGAGGCGACCUUGGUUUUUCGAACGCGUGAAGAGUUAUAUUUUGUACCAUAUAACUCAAUGGGUGUAUUAUAUUGGCUCUCAAGUGACGGAUCACGUUUAUUUAUACAAAUUUUUGGGUGAUGACUUACCUACUUUGGAGAGUAUCGCUUCGAACGCGAGCCUGGUGUUUGUAAACACACACCAAUCUGUAUUCGGUGGGGUCGCUAGGUCUGAUAACGUAAUUGAUAUCGGUGGUAUUCAUAUCAGGCCGCCUAAGAUUAUUCCCACGGAGCUGGAACGAUUCCUAACUGAAGCCGAACACGGCGUCAUUUACGUGAACCUAGGUUCCACUGUAAAGGACUCGACACUACCGAGCGAUAAAUUAAAUGAACUGCUAUCAACAUUCGAGAAAUUGCCUCUUAGAGUGUUGUGGAAAUGGGACGGAGGCGUCGUCGGGAAUCUGCCAAGAAACGUUAUGACCAUGAGAUGGCUGCCUCAAUACGAUAUCUUAAAACAUUAUAACGUCAAAGCCUUUAUAUCACACGCCGGUAUUCUCAGCACCAUAGAAGCGGUGGAUGCGGGCGUUCCGGUUAUAGCAGUGCCUCUCUUUGGAGACCAAUAUGGAAAUGCUGCAGCUCUGGUAGAUGCUGGCGUAGCUACAAUAGUGCCUUACCAAGACUUGAAGAAGGAAUAUCUUUUAGAUGCUAUAAAUGAUGUACUAGAUGAGAAGUGUCAAAGACAGGCAAAGAUCCUCUCUAAAAUGUGGCACGACCGACCUAUGUUACCACUAGACACCGCCAUCUAUUGGAUAGAAUAUGUAGCUAGAUACCAAGACGUGUCAAGUUUAAAAGCGACAUCUGCUAGCCUACCAUGGUACCAACAAAUGCAGCUGGAUGUUCUUGCAUUCGUUGGAACCAUCUUAUACAUAUUGCUGCUAGUAAUUCGCAAAUUAUUCGAUGUAAUUUGCUGCUGUUUUUGUCAAAAUGCAGAGAAACAAAAUGAAAGAGUCAAAGUAGAUUAA